AUGACCAACGACGACAAGCAAGAUGCCGGACCAGAUCCGAUCUUGCUCUCGCUCUUCGCCAACCGCUUCAUGUCCGUAGCCGAAUCCAUGGGCAAAUCGCUCCAACAGACGUCGAUCUCUACCAACAUCAAGGAACGGCUCGACUUCUCAUGUGCGCUCUUCAGCCCAGCCGGCUCGCUCGUCGCCAAUGCACCACAUCUUCCGGUACAUCUUGGCUCCAUGUCGUUUGCAGUCAAGUUUCAGGUCGACUAUCUCGCCUCGAUCGGCGAAAAGAUGAAACGAGGCGAUGUGAUCAUGGCCAACAUGCCUAUGGCUGGAGGAUCCCACUUGCCGGACAUCACCUGCAUCACACCAUGCCAUGCGGAAGACUCGGACGAGAUCAUCUUUUUCUGCGCCAGCAGAGGUCAUCACGCUGACAUCGGUGGUAUCACAGCAGGCUCGAUGCCGCCGACAUCCAAGACGCUCUUCGAGGAAGGUGCAAGGAUCAAAUCGUUCAAGAUCGUCAGCGAGGGCAAAUUCGAUCGCAAAGGUUUGGAAAGGUACAUGCUGGAAGAACCAGCACAAUACCCGGGAUGUUCGGGAACGAGGUGUUUCAGAGAUGUGGAGAGCGAUUUGCAGGCGCAGAUCGCAGCCAAUCAAAAGGGCAUCAAUCUCAUUCACAUGUUGGUGGCAGAGUGGGGGCUGAACAAAGUGCAGCAGUAUAUGGAGUACAUCCGUAACAAUGCGGAGCAGGCGGUGCGAUCGUUGCUGCGAGAUGUGGCAAAGCGACAGGGGACGAAGCUACACGCGGUGGACUACAUGGACGACGGAACACCCAUCGAGCUGAGUGUCGAUAUCGAUACGGAAAAGGGCUCGGCGACGUUCGAUUUCGAGGGUACGGGUCCGGAGGUGGCUGCCAACUUCAACUGUCCUCGAUCGGUGGUUUCGAGCGCCAUCAUCUACUGCCUUCGAUCGAUGGUGUCCUCCGAGAUCCCGCUGAACCAGGGCUGCUUGACGCCCAUUGAUAUUCGUAUCCCCAAAGGCUCGCUACUAGAUCCCAGCGAUACCGCCGCUGUGGUCGGCGGCAAUGUUCUCACAAGUCAACGAAUCACCGACGUGGUGCUCAGAGCGUUCAAUGCGGCAGCUGCGAGUCAGGGCGAUACGAACAACCUCACGUUCGGUCUGGGAGGCAAAGACAAGGAUGGCAAUCAUAUCGAAGGAUUCGGAUACUACGAGACCAUUGCAGGUGGUUCGGGAGCUGGUCCUUACUGGCACGGCACGUCGGGCGUCCACACGCAUAUGACGAACACGCGCAUCACGGACCCGGAGAUCAUGGAGAGGAGGUAUCCCGUCGUACUGCGCGAGUUUUCGUUGCGAGAUGGGUCUGGUGGGGAAGGGGAGUUCCGAGGAGGCGAUGGGGUGGUGAGGGACAUCGAGUUUCUCAGCCCGGGUAUACAGGUGUCGAUUUUGAGCGAGAGGAGGGUGUUCUCGCCGUUUGGACUGGAAGGCGGUGAAAGUGCCAAGAAAGGGAUGAACCUGUGGGUCAAGCAGAGGCGGGAGGCGGAAGGAGAUCUGAGGGAAGGCGAAGAGGAAGAGAAAGCUCCGCCGAGGAUCAUCAAUCUGAGCGGGAAGAACACCACGCCGAUGGGAAGGGGUGAUCGCAUCGUGAUCCAGACGCCUGGUGGCGGUGGUUGGGGUAGCAAAGACGAAAGCAAACCGCAGCACAGCAAGAAGCAAAAGCAGAACGAAAAAGAGGAAGAAGGAGAGCAAGAGGACCCGAAAACCAGAGCGCCGAUCAACCAGCGCAACGCUUCGGGCAGGAUGGCUCCUCUGCUCAACGAUGCAAACGCGUCCAGCGGUGUGAUUGCGAAGGGUGAGGACGAUAGCGAUCCUCGCAGCACGCACAGUGUGGUCAAGGAGGGUGCGCAUCAUACGACCAGGACGAAGGGUAGUAUGGCCGAGUGGAGUUCGCUGCAGUUGGGUGCCUGA